UAUGUGCCACUGAUCUUUAAUCCGUUGGUCCAGCUUCGGUUUUCUAUUUUUUCUACCGCAUGCUCAGAUUCUAUUGUAGUCCGUCCUGUCUCAUAACAGCUCGAUCGAUCUGCAGGCAAUUAUAAUUCGUGUACGUCUCGGUCUACGUCCGUCCCUUCUCGAUCUGAGCCCUUCAUUUAAAUAUACAGCCUAUACAGACCAAAUCGACAACACAAACUUAGUUCCAGCGACAAUUUCGACGAGCGAGGGAGCUAGCGUUUCGACGAGAGAUCCAUCGAUCCACACAUCUCAUAUAGGUACGUACGUAGUCCUCUCGCCUUCAAUUCGCGUCGUCGUGAGGAUCAUGGCGGCGGCAGCGCUACUGCUGCUGCUGGUGUCGCUGGCGGCGGCGGCGGCGGCGCCCACGAGCAACACAUCGGAAAGGUGGGAGAGGACGAGGAGCGAGGAGAAGGAGCGGAUCUUCAUGGAGUGGAAGGCGAGGCACGGGCACGGCACAACCAACAGCUCCCUGACCGAGGUGGAGGAGGAGCACCUGCACGCCAUGUUUAUGAAGGACUUCUGCGACAUCGCCCACGAGGAGCACCGGUACACCAUAUUUAAGGAGGCCCUCCGCGACAUCGACCAGCACAACGCUGGCUAGGCCAUCAGGGUCUACAAUAACAACCGAUGCAUCGACCAGUUCAGCCAUCUCAUCCAAGAGGAGUAUGAAGCAGUUUGCUGCGGGUACUGGGAGGUGAUGCCGUCCGAGGCCGAAUUACAGAGGGUGGGCGAGAUCCAGGAGCGCUUGUGGCAGGCAUUUACUCAUCGGUUAAUUUAAUUCUUGGUUGACAGGAAAUUUACUGGAUUGCUUUUUUAUGGCUCAUCAAGCAUCUCCAAUGUUUUCUAUACCAGCAAAAAGUAGAGGAUCUUUUUUAACAUCAAAGUAGAUGGUUUUCUCAUAGAUGAAAUAGUUAGGAUAUAGUAUGUCUGUGUUGCACAUGGCUUUCAUUAUGCAAGAUAGGAGAGGGAGUAGAGGCUUAUUCUUUCAUGCAAGAAUAUACUGAUGCUGAUUGGAUUAUAUUCUUGCCUUGUUUAGGCGCAUGGGACACACUACAGUGCUUCUAUUUUCCAUGUUUCUGCCCAUGGCCUCACCGGACUACUAUUAUUCUGCAAGACUUGCAAAAAGCUUCCAGCACAUAUACAUGGGGACGGUAUCAAUUGGAGACAUGGAGCAGAGCUAUUUUCUUGCAAGACAGGAAGUUGUUGCCAUGCUGAAUUGUGAUAUCAUUAAUCACAAAGCGGUUCCAACACUAGUAGCUUAUCAUUUUAUCUCGUUCAUAGAAAGAAAAAACUUGUCUGAUUAAUAAGUAGUUGUAUUUCCCACGUAUGUUUAAUCAUUGCAUUUCUUUCCAAUUAGCGUGGCGACAUUCUCCCCUUGGCAGUGGGCACCCUAAAUGUUUUUAGGAUGUGUUUAGGGCACAUCUAGAUGUGCUCUAGUUAUUGCACAUCUAAGUGAGUGAAUCAAGUAUAAAGAAAAAAAGAAAAAAGAGGAAGAAAAUAUUCACACGAAUCUCA